AUGACACUCGCAGGAAACAUCCUCGUCCUCGUGUCCGCCUUCCCGCUGAUCUGGCGGACUGUCCAGCCCCUCAUUCCGCCCCAAUACGUCGAGUCGUACGCUUACUGGGACGCCGAGACGCUUAACGAUGGCCAGAAGGUCGACGGCCGCGUCCCCCGCUGGCGCAAUAUGGGAUACUGGACUUCCCCUGAUGAGAGCUUCACCCAGGCCAACGAGGCGCUCGCCAACAAGCUGCUCCAGUUCGCCGACGCCCAGACUGAUGGACGCACCCUCGACAUCGGCUUCGGUGGCGGCGAGACACUGCUCCUCCACCUCUCGCAGGGCGCCAACGUGACCGGUCUAACGACCCUGCCUUCUGAUGUCACUUCUGCCCGCGGCCUCGUCUCCUCCGUCUACCCCGAAUCCUCCGUCGAGUACUACACCGGUUCUGCCAGCUACACCCGGGGCAAGGACGUCGACCACCCCCUGAACCCGGAGCGCGUGCUGGCUUCUGGCCCCGCGCAGCCCUUCGACCUGAUCUACGCUCUCGACGUCGCUUAUCACAUCCCUCCGACGGUCUACCAGUUCGCAGCCAACGCGCACUCGGCACUGCGCGAACGCGGCGUGCUGGCGUACACCGACGUCCUGCCCCCUGCAAAGUUGACAAGUUUCCCGGGCCGCAUCCUCGGCAUGUGGCUCGCGCUCCCUCUCGGCGUGCCGCACCGGAACGUGAUCGACCGUCCCGCGUCCCUGGACGAGUACAAGGCCGAGCUCGAGCAGAUGGGCUACGACAACGUGCGUAUCGAGGACUGGAGCAGCAAUGUCUGGGAAGGGCUUGCGGACAAUCUCGAGAAGCGCGAGGGUAAGGGCUGGAAGCUUGCCGCCAAGGGCUUCCGGUACGCGGGCAAGCAUGGGUGGAAGUACAUCGCCGUCCGCGGCGAGAGGGGCACGCCGCCCUCCCAGCAGACGGCGGAGGAGCAAGAGGAGGAGCACAAUGAGCAUCACGACGAGAAGAACGAGAAGGAGGCCGAGCUCUAA